CUUCUCCUUUCUCCUCAUAACAUAGCCUUCUCUUCUUUCUCUCCCUCCACCUAAUAUCGCCAUCGAAUCUCAGCCGUCGGAUUUAUCAUCAACGGUGGGAACUCUUUCAUAUUUUGUGAAAAAGACUAGUAUGUCCCUAACAAUGGGUAGGAAUUGUAACUUAGAGCUUCGACUUUUCCCUGCCGGCGUCGAUGCCGAUCACCCAUCUCCAGAUUCCAGCCAAUUAUCGAGCGAAGAAUCAGUCAAAAACUCGCAGCAACUAACGAUUUUUUAUAAUGGUCGGAUUUGCAUCUGCGAUGUGACGGAAUUUCAGGCUAGGGAGAUCUUAUGCUUUGCGAAUCAAGAAAUGCAUGAAAAGCAAACAGUGCAUCGUCCGGACCUUCUUCUGCCAUCUCACCAGCCUCAACUUCGUGUUCCAGCUCUUUCAAUGAAGAGAUCUUUGCAGCGGUUCUUACAAAAGAGGAAAAGUAGGAUUCUGACAACUUCCCCUUACAAGCAAUAGUCAUGCAAAGACU